GAUUGCAUUUUUGACUAAGCGCGUCAAGUUUUGCCAACUACAAUUGUUGAUUAUCAGCGAAGAAACUUAACGUGUAAACAAAACCAUUCAUGCGUAAAACCUCAACACGCUUGUCUAACCGAUACUUUCAAAUUGAGUGUUCUACACACGCCGCCAAACAGUUCAAUUUUAGCGGUCGUCGGAACCAUAACAAUUAACUUAGCUAUGGCGGUCAGCUUUACGAUCAACGGUCAACUGUACCACGUAACCCCAAACGAUGUCCCGAUCGAGACCAGCCUAAACUCAUUUAUUCGAAAUCAUUUGCACCUGACCGGAACCAAGUUUAUGUGUCUCGAAGGGAGCUGUGGUGCCUGUACGGUUCAUGUGGCCGGGAUUCAUCCCGUCAAUAGGGAACCAACGUCAUUUGCUGUUAAUUCGUGUCUGAUGCCAAUUUACUCAUGCCAUGGAAUGGAUAUUACGACAAUCGAGGGAAUUGAAUCUAAAUCUAAGUUUAACUCCAUUCCUAGACGUUUGGCACGAUUUAGUGGAACUCAAUGCGGAGUUUGCUCACCUGGAAUGGUAAUGAACAUGUACGGUUUGUUGGAUUCUACGAAGGGACAAAUAACGAUGGAUGAAAUAGAAAAAUCCUUCGCUGGCAACAUAUGUCGUUGUACCGGGUAUCGCCCUAUAAUGGAUGCUAUGAAGUCAUUUGCAGUCGAUGCGUGUAGUGCGUUGCUUGAAAAGUGCAAAGAUAUUGAGAAUUUGGGAGAUAAGUGCAGUUCGGAUAAAAAGUGCGGAGUGAUAUGUCCGAAAACUACAGACAAAAAAUCUAUUCAUUUAUUUUUUGAAAAUGAUAAAGAAUGGCACAAGAUUUAUAGUGUACUUGAGGUGUUUGAAAUUCUCACAAAUAUUGGUUGUAAGCCUUACUGCUUCGUAGCAGGUUCCACUGCGCGAGAAGUGUACUCUGAUAAAGAGGGCCCGAAAGUAUUCAUUGAUAUAAAAUCAAUUGAGGAGCUGCGCUCUUACUGGAUGGGAAGUGAAUUGAUUAUUGGAGCAAAUGUAUCAUUAACUGAACUCAUUAAUAUUCUCAAUGAAGCAGCUGGAAGUGAAAAGAAAUUCAAAUACUGCGAACAGAUAGGCAAUCAUACGGCCAUGAUCGGUCACAAAUUAAUGAGGAACGUUGGAACAGUGGCUGGAAAUUUGAGUAUGAAAAACACCCAACGAGGAUUUACUUCGGAUUUGCAUGUUAUUUUGGAAGCAGUACGUGCUUCGAUAACAAUAAGUAAUCUGAUUGCCACGGCCGAAUUGAUUCUGUUUGUCCCGCACAGUUUUCUCGGAUGAACAUGGAUAAAAAACUAAUCCUAAAUGUGUCAUUACCACCGAUGCAUGCGGAUAAUUAUGCCUUCCGUUCAUAUCGCAUAGAGUCACGAGCACAAAAUGGGCGCACCUUCGUUGUAGGAGCCUUUUUCAUACGAUGGUGUGCCAGACAACGAACCAUCGAGUCUGCUGCUGUUUGUUUUGGUGGCAUCAGCCCAACCUUUACUCACGCGAUUGAGACUGAGAAAACCCUCUGUGGUAAAAAUCCCUUCAGCAAUAAUGUUCUUCAGCAAGUUUUACAUGCACUUGAGUUGGAUCUGAAACCUUUUAGGGAUCCAUCUCAGAUUGACCCGGAGUACCGAAAACAGGCAGCAAUUGGAAUUUUCUACAAAUUUAUGCUUGACAUAGCUCCAAAGAAACUCGUAGAUCCAAAGUUCUUAACGGGAUCAACCAACUUGGAGAGACCGCUCUCAAAUGGUACACAAUCUUAUAAAACUUUCCCUCAGAAUUGGCCGGUGACCAAAAGUAUCACGAAGUUUGAUGCGGUUUUACAAACUUCUGGUAGAGCGUCUUACAUCAACGAUACACCUACAAUGGCACACGAGCUAUUUGCGGCUUUCGUCGUUGCCACAAAGCCCAGGACCGUUAUUAAGGAGGUCGAUGUGACUGAAGCGACAAAACUACCUGGAGUUGUUCAGUUCUUAUCUGCUGGAAAUAUCCCGGGUAAUAAUAACUUUAUGCCAUAUGCAGGCAAUUCAAAACACUUUUUUUCGUAUGGAAAAGAAGAGGAGGAGAUUUUCUGUACUGAAAAAGUGCUUUAUCAUGGUCAGCCGGUAGGUUUAAUAUUAGCCGAAUCUUUCGAGUUGGCAAAUCGCGCAUCGAAAUUAGUUCGCAUAGAGUACUCCGAGCCUGAUGGACCUGUACUUCCAACUUUCAAACAUGUACAUCAAAACAGUUCAGCGAAUCGUAUCCAACCAGCAGGCGUACCCCAAUCGGGCCGCAACUACGAAUCUAUCAGCGGUGGCUAUUACAGAGUCUCUGGUCAGGUUUCAUUCGAAGGACAAUACCACUAUACGCUUGAAACUCAAUCUUGCAUUUGCGUACCGAAAGAAGACGGGAUGGAUGUAUAUUGUGCAACGCAAGAUGCAGAUCAUACGCUCGCUACAAUUGCUGGAGUCUUGAAAUUGCCACAAAGCAAGAUCAACGUAAUCUGUCGACGAGUGGAAGGUUCUUUUGGCUCAAAAAUUACACGCAGCUCCCAUGUUGCUGGUGCCUGUGCCCUGGCCGCUUAUAUGACUCAACGACCCGUCCGGUUCAGGCUAUCUUUAGAGUCUAACAUGACAUGCUUUGGAAAGCGUAAAGGUAGUGUAAGCAGCUACGAAGUAUCAGUACGAGGUGAUGGUAAAAUAGCAAGGCUUACCAACACUCUAAUCUACGACUGUGGUGCUCAUAUAAGUGAACCAAGUGUACCAUUAUAUAUCAAAUGUUUUUCCAAUGGCUAUGAUGAUUCAGCAUGGAAAAUAAUUCCCAACAAAGCACGCACAGAUUCCCCUACAAACAUUUGGGGUCACUCUUCUGGUACAGCCGACGCAGUGGCUACAAUCGAGACAAUCAUGGAACACAUUGCAUUCGAAAGAGGUUUGGACGUACUUGAUGUCCGAAUGAUAAACUUCGCUAGAGAUAGCAAAUUGCGUUUACUGUUGCCACAGUUCAGAAAAGAUAUAGAGUUUGAUAAGCGCAAAAAAGAAAUUGAGCUCUUCAACGAAUCCAACCGUUGGAAAAAGCGAGGAUUAUCCAUAGUACCUGUAGCAUUUCCAGUCGAAUACAUAGGCGGAACGAAGGCUUGGAUUUCUGUUCACCAUCUUGAUGGAUCAGUUUCUAUUACUCAUGGUGGCAUGGAUAUAGGUCAAGGAUUGGACACUAAAGUUGCUCAAAUUGCUGCCCAUACUUUAGGUGUACCGCUAGGAAAGAUAUCGAUAAAACCUUGCAAUACAUUAGUUUCAGCGAACAGCUUUAUGGCAACUGGCAAUUCUUCCAGUGAUCAAGUGGGGUUAGCAGUUAUGAAGGCCUGUGAGAUUUUGAUCAACAGAAUGAGACCAAUAAGAGAUGCAAACCCUACCGCUUCAUGGGAAGUUUUGGUGAGCACCUGCUUCAUCUCUAAUGUGAAUCUAACCGCUUCCUAUUGGUCUACAGAGAGCGACGUUGAAGCCCAUAAAAUAUGGGCUUUAGGGUGUAGUGAAGUUGAACUGGAUGUGCUGACGGGAAAUGUCAGAGUAGUUCGAGCAGAUAUCGUCGAAGAUGUCGGAGAAAGUCAAAAUCCGAGCAUGGAUAUCGGACAAAUUGAAGGCGCAUUCGUCAUGGGACUUGGCUACUAUCUCAAUGAGUCUUUACAGUAUGAUCCACAAACGGGAGCACUGUUGACCAAUAAUACGUUCACUUACAAACCUCCGGGACCAAAGGACAUUCCUACAGAUUUUCGGGUAAAACUGUACCAAAACAGUAAACAUAAUCCAGCGGAAGCUUUGCGUUCAAAACCUACGGGAGAGCCGGCUUUUUCGGUUGCUGUUUCGGUUUUAUUUGCUUUACGGCAGGCUCUCAUGUCGGCACGUAAAGAUGCUAACCUACGAACUGAGUGGAUACAGCUUGGUCAACCAUCCAAUGCAGAGAAUAUUUUACAUUUGGCAGGAAAUUCAACCGACCAGUAUACUUACUAUAAAUGUUCAGUAGAUAAUAAGCCCAAUACAAUUCUAUGAUUAAUUAAUAUACCUCGGAGCAAACAAAAAUUAUACAAUG